AUGGAGUCCCACUACACCCUCCCACGGCGUGACUUCGACACCGACCAAGUCUACUUUGAUACCCUCCUCGAGUAUGGCAUGGCAAUUCAGAACUGCGAGCUGCAGCUCCGCCACGCCUUUAACAGCCACUGUCAUGCCGUCAAUGACGCGCCCCUUAGCGACCUCUCGGACCUGACCUCCCUCCCGAGUCGUGCAUCCCGGCUGCCGCAGCACCUCGUCCUAGCUAAGGCCAAACAGCUCGCGCCCAUCUUCUUCGAGUACGAGGCCGAACAAGCAGCCCAGGCCCGGCAGCAACACACCGUCCCCCGUCCCUCUCCGGCCGCCUCCUUACCUCCCGCCGUUUCCUCAGCCCCCAGCACGCUAGCAGGCCCGACAGCGCCGCAAUGGAAGAGGCCGCCUCCGUCUCCGUCUUCUUUGCAGACCCCUCCGCAGGCCCGGGGCCCACCAUUUUCGACCCCUUUCGAGUGGAGCAUCUCCAAUCCAUUCCGCCCGUCGACAACAACUCCCCCUCAGCUCUUCGGGCCAGCUCUUCCGACCCCUUCCCGUGAGGGUAGUCAUAAGAUACCCAGACGGGGCCAAAGACCCCCGGCGCCGGCAACAACCCCCCUUCCUCCUUUCGUCCCCCCCAAGUCGCGAAACAACACGAGCAAGACUUGCCGACCCGCCGGCGUGCCCUAG